GCUCACUGGCAUCGUCAGCCAGAUGGGAAACUCAAGCAGGGUACACUCCAAAAAUGGAGGCAUAACUGUAGUGCAAAGUACAACAUUUUCACUCCACAUGACCUACAUGCAUGCCCACGCAUUCUUAUUGUCUGUCGAAACCCUCAUUCACACCCACCACCUGCACCUGUCAAAACUCCACCAGGACUUGUCAAUGUGGUCCAUGGAUUGUUAGCACUGAUGAAAUGGAAACUUGCUGAUGCAACACCAAGACAGAUUUUCCUGGACACCACAUUUGUAGAAGGGCUUCAUCAUGCACUUGCUUGGGACUUGACAUCAUGUGGUCGAGAUGCGAUACUCCAGGACCUUCAUCCAUCCUUGGCCAACUUAGACCAUGUUCAGCGUCUCAUCACCACACUUCAGAACAAAAAGUACCCAAGUGGUACUGGCUUUGAAGGUGCUUGUUUGCUUGCAAAUGAACAUGCAAGCCUCCCUCCUGAACAAUGUUAUGUUCAUUGUGCUGAGGUGCAUCCCAUCGAGCAUGGGAAAGAGCUCAAACUGGUCAUAUGUAUGACAACAAAGAUGUCGCAACACCUCUUACAAGCAAAACAUCUAUCCAUAGACACAUCAUUCAAACAUGCACAAGGCUGGCAGGAAUUUGAAAUUGAAUCAUGGGAUGUUGACCAUAUUUGUCUCUAUUGUGGCAAUACAUAUUCAUCUCACUACUUAGCUGUUGUUGGUGCUCGAGCUUUCACAAUGUCACAGACUGCAAAAGCCCAUGUUAUCCUUUUCCAGCACAUCUUUGAGAUUGCGAGUGCUGAUACAGGCUUGCCCAUUAUGUUCCACCAUAUUCAUGGCACUGGCUUCGAGACUGUCAUUGCUGACAGUCAUAAAGGGCAAGGUCUCAGCCUUGGGAUGUACUGUGUGCAACUAUGUUGUUCAGUCACUGCACAAUGUAUCUAUGAACCACACCACCACAUCUGUGAUCUCAAUCCAUAUGAUCAUUUACGGUGUUUUUUUCAUACUUGUGUGGCACACUACAAGAGAAAUAUUCUCUCACUGUGCACACAUGUGUCACAGGAUAUUUUUUCUGCAAUGUUAAGUUUAGCCACAUCAGAACACCACCCAGACCUUAAUGCAACAUUGAAUAUCAUUUGGAAUGGAGGAUUGAAAGCCUCAGCCUGGCUCAGAGAUAAGCUUGAUGGCAUGAAGUUUGCACUCCCUGCAAUCUACCAGCCAUCCAGCCUCAUUCCACUGCAUUUGUGGAGGGCUUCCCCAGCAACAACAAACAGAAACGAGCAAGCACACUGCAAUGCCUAUCGUGAAGGUGUUCAUCUAACACUGCUCACUGGUCUCAUGAAAGGAAUGAGGUUUGACCAAGGUGCAAUGAUGAGCAUUAACAAGCACACAAGCUUUGGUAUCGCAACACAUGACCAUGAGGCCACACACAUUCACCGUGCAAUGAGAUGCGUUAGUCGUCAAAGUUUGUGCUAUUAA